AUGUCUUUUAAUGAUAAUAAAAUCAAAAUGUGUUAAGCUCAUUUAUUAGAGAUACUUGCUGUAGAUUUGAAUGCGGCUAAAGAGCAAAAAUAAAAAUAUUUAUGUGCUAAAUGUUUAAUUGAAAGAAUAGAUGGAAAUUAUAUUGUCUUAUUAAAGGAAGCUAUUAAUAUGAUAAAAGAAAUGAAAACAAAAUGUAAAGAAGAUGCAGUAAAGAAAACCUAAGAUGCUUUAACAAAUAUGUAGAAUCUUUAAUCUUCAGUCUCAAAGAUCAAUGAACAAUUUUCUAUAGUCUUCGAAAAAUUAUAGAAUAAAAUAAAAGAAAAUAUUAACUUAAAUGAAUAAGAAAUUGAAUUAAAAAAAAAUUUAACAGAUGAAUUAAUCUUGGAUAAAGAUAUUGAGACUUUAUCGUUUGUAAAAAAUGGAAGUGGAAGUUCUAAUUUUGAUCCACCCAAAUAAAAAUAUAAUUUAGACAAUUUUGUUUAAUUACUUGAUAAAAUUUAAAAUGAUCUUUUGUAAACAUCAAACAAAUAAUAGUUUUCUGAAAUAUUUGAAUAAAUUUAACAACUAAAAUCUUUAUUUUAAUUAGGAUAACCAACUCUUAAGAGAAAAUUUAAUAAGCAUGUAAUUAUUUAUAAACUUAUAUAAUUAGGAAACACCAACAUUAAAAUAAUUAUGUAAUCAACAUGGUAAGAAAAUCAUGAUGAUGAACUUAAAUCAAGAUUAAUUAGAAUAAAGUGGUUUGGCUUGUGAAAAAUGUAUUUAAUAAUUUCCAAAAAGAGAAUAUAUUACAAUAGAAGAUGCAAAUAUAAAAUGGAAAGAAUUUUAAGGAUAAUAAAAAUAAAUGAUUUCUAAAUAUAAUAAUGAUAGAUAAUUUAAGUUUAGUUCUGUAAUUAAAUUAAUUUAAUAAUUAAAAGAUAUAUACGAUCACACCCUAUCAGAUUUGAUUUAAUAAUUAGAAAGAUAAAAGAUUAUGAAUUAUGAAAAUCAAAAUUAUAAUUUAAAUUAUGUUGAAGAUAUUUAUGAGAAAGAUGAAUAAGAGAUUCUUAAAAUUGUUGAUAUUUUGAGUUAGAAAGACAAACAUUAAAGAUUAAAAAAAGAGUAAUAAGAAUAAGAUUAAGUUGAUUUAAUUUUUUAUUAAAAUUUAAAAUAAAACUUGGAGAAUCUUAUGAAAUAUGAUUUAAUGACAAAAUAUAAUUUACUCAGAAUUCAAAAUAUGGAUUAAGGUUAGUUAUCUAAUUAUAUUGAAAUUAAUUAAUAUAAUGAAUCGUAAAAUAAUUCAGAUUUUAAAUCUAUUAUUAAGAAAUUCUAAUAAUUAGAUCAAUUUUUAUCAAUUAUUGAAGAUGCAAAUACUUUCUAUAUAAAGUUACAAUAAGAAAUUGACGAUUUAAAAUAAAAAUAACAAUUAUCUUAACUAUUUAAUUCAGAUUCCUCACAUAUUCUUUAACAAUAGUAUGAAGUAUUCAAGGAAAAUUCAAAGAAAAUGAAUUUAUUGAUUAAGGCAGAUGAAAAUUAAAAUUUAUUAACAAAAUUAGAGUAGGAAUUUAAUUAAAAUAAAUAAUCUUUUUUGGAUUUCCAGAAAUAAUCAAAUGAUAAUAAUAAAAGGAUUGAAACUUUGAAUACUUAAAUAGAAUAGUUAAAUUAAGAAAUAUCAAAAUUAUAAUAAAAUAAAUCGUAAUUAGAUUAAUCAAAUUAAUCUCUUAAUAAUCAAAUACAUUAAUUAAAUUAAUAAAUUACCAAAAAUUAAAAAGAAGCAUCUUAAUAAUUGAAUAAAAAGGAUUAAGAAAUAAUUAAAUUAGAAUAAUAAUAAAAUCUAUUAUCUUAAGAGUUUAACUAAUUUAAACAAAACUUAAGAGAUUAACCUAAGCUUCUUAAUUAAGAAUUUUAUAUAGAAGUGUGUAAAUAAAUAGAAGAAAAAUCUAAUAUAAAAAUAGUUUGUUCUUUUCUUAUCUAUUUAGGAACAAGAGAUGGUUUAAAUAAUUCAAAAUGCUGGGGUAAAAUAAAUGGAAAAUCUAACUUGCUUAUUAUAUUUAAAUCUAAAAGUGGUAAUAUAUUUGGUGGCUAUUCUCCUUGUUAGUGGUUAGAAAAACAAAAUGGUUAUGUUUAAGAUUAGACAUUAUCCUCUUUCCUAUUUUCUUAAACCCAUAAUUAAUUUUAUUAACUUAAGGAAGCAAAUAAAGCUCAUGCUAUUUAUAGACAUUAGUCUUAUGGACCAUCAUUUGGAAAUGGUUAUGAUAUUUAUAUUGGUUCAGAUUUUACAAGUGGCUCUUCUAGUUUAGGAACUGCUUAUCAAAUUGACAAAUACGAAAUUUAAGAUACCACCAUUCAUUUAUUUGGGCAAUCAACUCCUAAUUUAGAAGAAUGUGAAAUAUUGGAACUUAUAUUAAAAUGA